AAGGUUGCUUUCUGAUCAGACUUCAGGACAAACAGUCUUUAUAAUCCAGUCCAGCUUGAGGUAAGAGACGGCAGCUGCCUGGACAGGGCCUAAAUUCAUCUAUUGGCUAAACUUGAAAAGAAAUCAUGGAAGGGAACAUCAUAUAUUUGUGGAUUUGUGCUUUUGCACUAGUUCAUGGAAAUCAAGAGACUUCACCUCAACCUUUCAUCAGUGAUAAAAUCCCAUCAUUGAUAAAGAUGAACAAUGAUUUUGCUUUUCACCUGUACAAGAGAAUUGUAGAAAUGCCGGAGUAUCAGCCCAAGAACAUCUUCUUCUCUCCUUUCAGUGUGUCCAUGGCCCUUUCUGAGCUGUCUUUAGGAGCCGGUGGUGAAACCAAAGAACAGCUUCUCAGUGGCAUCGGCCAUAACAGCUCGGUCUUCAGCACUGAAGAAAUGCACCAGAUGUUCCACAGUCUCCUGGAAGAAAUCGACCAGAGGACAGGGGUGGACAUCGAUGUCGGCACUGCUCUAUAUGCAAGCGACAAAUUAAAGCUCCUUCCUGAGUUCUUGAAGGAGAUAAAGGAGUUUUACCACUCUGACGGAUUCACUGUGGAUUUCAGCGUCAAAGAAACACUAGAUAAAAUUAACACGUAUGUGAAGGAAAAAACUCAUGGGAAAAUAGACCAAGCUGUUGAUGAUCUGGAAUCUGACACUUUGAUGUUUCUUCUCACUUACAUAUAUUUUAAAGGAAAAUGGGACAUGCCUUUUAACCCAAGCAAAACCCGUCAAAGUAUAUUUCAUGUAGACGCUGAGACCACCGUUCCAGUACAAAUGAUGCACCAGUACAAAUCCCUCAAAGUUUAUUAUGAUGUCGAACUCACUUCUAAAGUCCUCUGUCUAGACUACAACGACUCUUUCUCCAUGUUUCUGGCUGUACCAGAUGGUGGCAGGUCAGGUAAGACCAUCAAAGAUCUGGAGAUGGCCAUCUCUAGACAGCACAUUGAAAAGUGGAGGACAUCUGUUAGAAAAAGAAAAACUGACAUCUAUGUCCCCAAGCUCUCUCUGAAAACAUCAUAUUCCCUGAAAGAUAUUUUGAAAGGAAUGGGAAUAGCUGAUAUGUUUACAUAUCAAGCCAACUUCACAGGAAUUUCAGAGGAAAAUAUGCUAAUUUCAAAGGUUUUACAUAAGGCCAGUCUGGAUAUAGAUGAGAAAGGAACCACUGCAGCAGCAGUGACAACGGUUAAUUUCAGACCAAUGUCCUACAGCCCAAUGGAUACUUUGAUUUUUGACCAUCCAUUCAUGAUAUUUAUCACUGACCAAAAAAAUGACAACAUCCUCUUCUUUGGAAAAGUUGUCAAUCCGGGGGAAAAAUAGUAGUGACAUUUAAGAUGUCAUGACAUCGUUAGCCAGCAGGUGGCCGUGAUUUUCAGGGUUAGUUCACAGUGAGUUAUUAUGUCAUUAAUAACUCACCCUCAUGUCAUUCAAAACCUGAAAGACCUCCGUUCAUCUUCGGAACACAGUAUAAGAUAUUUGAAAUUUAGUCCGAGAGCUAUCAGUCCUUCCAUUGAGUGUGUACGGUAACCUUAUACUGUCCAUGUCCAGAAAGGUAAUAAAAACAUCUUCAAAGUA